CCCCGGCCCUCCACAUCGCCCAACGCCGCGAACUCACACCGUCCCCGCUAGUUAGCCCCAGACCUGAUGCAGGACCGUAGGACGGAAGCUCCAAGACCCUCUGCGAUCGGGCGCCUGCGGGCGUUCGAAUCCGUUCCUGGUCCGUGUGACCACACCGCGUUGGUUCGAACUUCGGACUCAAUGCGGGACGGGACGAUUUCGUCGUGGUCAGCCAACUUAGACUUUCUUUUCACCUUCUGUUCACAAGAACGGGGCUCGUUCAAUUGAGCCGCAAUGGACAUCGUGAUCCAUCGCUUCGGCUCGUACGAGUUUUCGCCUUUUGGAACCAGGGUUCAGCCAGACGAGCCUCCUCAGACACUGCUAAGCACGCUCGGCAAGGCUGUCGCUCAGGUACCAUGGAUCCAGAAAGUGUCUGAGUUUGCCCAGUCGGGCACCCCUCAGGUGGUCAUCUUUUCCAUUUCAGCAUUGUGGCUUGUAUUCGGCCUGCUUCGACACCGCCGUGGCACCCCCGACUUCAAGCCAAAGGCUUCAGCAAUACGAUGGCGGUAUGAACUCUUGUCCCAGGUGCUGAGGGCGACAUCACUUGGGUUCCUUAUCGCCGCGUGCAUCCAAGGCCGUGUGCAUUGGCUCAACCCGGCACUUCUAACGUACUGCUUCCUUCUCGGCUUGACUCGCCUCAUCAACCACCUGCGAUGGCGCCAUACGGCUCUACACCAGGUCAACGCUGUUAUGGCCGCCACUUUGAUGUUGCUUUUCGCCGCUCAGUUUCUGCCAUGUAUUCAGAUGGGCUCGGGCUGCUCCAAAAGCCCCGCGCUCGUUGGCGCCACCGCCGCCCUGGCCGCUGCGUUGAUCAUCGCCAUGGUCACCCCUCGCGAAUGGGUGCCGCCGCAGAUUGGAUACGAUAUCCCCGGUUUCGAGGUCCCCAAAGAACCGGCUCCCGAGGAGACAUGCAGCUGGAUCAAUUACUACUGCACGUACCAGUGGCUGACACACAUCAUCUGGAAAGGAACCAUGGGAAAGCUCGACAUGGCUGGCAUUCCGAAGCUCGCGUGGUACGACGAGCCUUUGUAUCUCUUGCGCAGGGUCCAGGGUGCCCGCUCUAUAUCCAAGACGACCUUUUGGACUACUCUCCGCUUCAUGCGCACGGAGCUGCUCCUCAUGUCGCUAUGGAUUGGCAGUGGCUACACGGUCGAGAACGUUGCCCCCUUUGGCAUGUACAAGUUGCUUGAAUACCUCAGCUCGCCCAACGACGCUAUAUACCGCCCAUGGGUUUGGCUGCUCCUCAUGUUCACGGGCCCCGUGUCUCGCUCGAUCCUGUUUCAGCAGUACAUCUUCACCUCGACCAGGCUGAUAGUUCGGAUCAAGUCUGCCAUGACCCAGGAGCUCUAUCACAAGGCUUUGGAAUCCAUGGAGCUUGAAGACGAUCCGUUCGAAGUCAACAGUGACAAGUCCAAGCACGACGAAUCCAGCGAAAAGGCGCAAAAGUCUACCUCUGCCGGUCGUUUGGCAAAUCUGAUGGCUGCCGACGUCGAUGCAAUUUUCAAAUCUCGAGAUAUCAUGAUUGUUUUGGUAGGAGUUCCUGCAGGAACGAUUGUUUCUCUCAUCGGCUUGUACAACAUGCUUGGCUGGGCCUCCAUUGUCGGAACCUUGAUUCUGGUCCUGGCAACUCCCAUUUCCGUUUGGCUUGGCAAGCUCAUGUACACCACGCAAAAGCGGGUGCGUAAGGCCCAGGACUCGCGCAUAUCCCUCGUCACAGAGUAUCUCGCUUCGAUCCGCGCUAUCAAAUACUUUGCAUGGGAGGCGCCCAUCACUGACAAGAUCAUCGCCGCCCGUGCUGUCGAACAAAAGAGUCUGUGGAAUCUCGCAGUCCUUCAAGCCAUAAUCAAUGAGGUGACUCAGGUCUUCCCGUACCUCGCCCUGCUGGUCAUGUUUGGCAUACAUAUCAUUGUCGACAAGAAGCCCUUGGAGGCGUCCACCGCGUUUACUACCAUCUAUCUCGUCAAGAACAUUCGCAGAAACAUUAUGAUGGCCAGCGUCUUUUCACGAUCAUUUGCGGGCGCCCUUGUUGCCUUUGGACGGUUGGACAAAUAUUUCGAGAGCACCGUGCCGCUCGUCAAAUACCCGGUCGGCCCGCUACGCAUUUGCGGCGGUUAUUUCCGUCGAAACAAGAAGGCAGCUUUCCGUCUGGAGGACAUUAGUCUCGACUUCGUGGAGGGCGGCCUGAACGUCAUUUCCGGCCAGAGUGGCAGUGGAAAGACGACUCUGCUGCUCGCAAUACUCGGCGAAACCUAUCUCGAAGGCGGCAAUGUGACGGCUCCUGCCGACAUUGCAUUCGCGUCCCAAUCUGCGUGGCUCCAGAACGAAACCAUCCAGGAUAACAUCCUAUUCGGCAGUCCCAUGGAGAAGGCUCGAUAUGACAGAGUCGUGGCAGCAUGCUGUCUCCCAGAGGAUCUCAAGGAGCUACCACAGCGUGACCAGACGGUCGUGGGAGAGAACGGGACAUCUCUUUCGGGCGGUCAGAAAGCACGGGUUGCCCUGGCUAGAGCCCUAUAUUCGAAGGCACCUCUGCUGCUCUUAGAUGAUGUCUUCUCAGCUCUCGACGCGAAGACGUCAGCAGGGGUGUGGAAGCGUUGCUUCUGUAGUGAUCUUCUUCAUGGCCGCACCGUAGUGUUGGUCACUCAAGUCCCUUGGAUAUCAUCUCAGGCAGACAUGGCAAUUUUGCUCGAAAAGGGUCAGGUACAAAGUGCAGAACCUAACAUUGGUGUCGUACGCCAGCCGAUCAAGAUCGCCGAGGUGCUUGGCGGCGAUGUCGACGAUGAAGAGACUGAAACGGAAACGCCUCCUGAACCAGAACUGCAGCCGAACGGCGACUCCUUCAACGACCCGAACAAGGUUGCUCCGGAUUCCUCGGUCAAAAACGUCGUUGAUGAAGAGAUGAAGGCGUCAAGCAAUGUUGGACGCCUUGGUAUGUUCCAAUACAUGGGUUACUACGGAAACCCGUUGUUCGCCAUAUCCUGCCUCGUCGGCCUCUUCCUCUCCAACGUGUUUUAUUUUGGCGCCAGCUUUUGGUUGUCAAUCUGGGUCGAAGCUUACAAAAACAAAGCACACGUCGACAUUGCCUUUUACAUGGGCAUUUUUGCCCUCUUCACCUUUGGCGAACUCAUCUCAUAUGGCCUGAUCGUCGUCUUGUUCGAGUGGGGGACCUGGCGUGCCGCUAGAAAGCUUCACAACGACUUCAUCCGCGGCAUCAUGCGCGUGUCUCUGUCUUGGUUCAAAGCAACGCCAAUCGGCCGCAUCACCAACCGCUUCUCUGGGGACAUGGCGUCCAUUGAUGGAUCGAUUAAUGGCAUGUUGCGCGCAACGCUGGAUGCCUUCAUGAUGCUCUUCUUUCGCAUCGGUGCGGUCAGCGCCAUCAUGCCGGUAUUCAUGCUCCCCGGCAUUUUUACCUGUUUUGUCGGCGUCAUAGUUGGGGAGAUGUACACGCGGACGGCCGUUGUGAUAAAGCGGCUCACAUCUUCGGCCCAGUCUCCGGUCUUCUCCCAAUUUGCCGAUACCCUGGCCGGGCUCUCAGUCAUCAGAGCCAGAGACGGCAAGGCUCAUGACUUUGGCGUCGAGCUGGCGAACAAAUUAAGAGUUUGGUCCGCUGCCUCGGAAACAAACUACAACUGCAAUCGUUGGGUCUCCGUCAGGAUCGACUUUGUCACUGCUCUCGUGGCUCUUUUUGCGGGCAUCAUAGCCGUGUCUAAAGUCGGGCUCGUCGGCGCCGGGCUUGUUGGCUUCUCCUUGACCAACGCCAACGACCUGAGCCAAACCAUUCUCGUUCUUGUGCGGGCCAUGAACGAGCUCGAAGUUGAGAUGCAAAGCUUCCAUAGGGUCAAGGAGUAUGUGAAGCUGGAGGCCGAGGAUAAGGACGACAAGCCAUACCCAGACGCGGGCGCGGGCGACUAUGCGGACGAUGACGCACACAUGAUUCCCAAGAAUUGGCCGCGAUCUGGGGAGAUCGAGUUCCGCAACGUUACCAUCAGAUAUGAUCCUGAAGGUCCAGACAUCCUGUCCGAUGUCAAUCUCAAGUUCAAAGCUGGGCAGCGCGUGGCAGUCGUCGGACGAACAGGGUCGGGCAAGAGUACUUUGGUUCUCUCCCUCCUUCGAUUCACUGACAUUGUCAGUGGCGAAAUCUUGUUCGAUGGUGUCGACAUCACAAAGGUCCCACGCCACAGACUCCGAGCGAGCCUGACCAUCAUUCCUCAAGAAGCUGUGCUGUUUAGUGGGACUGUUGAGUCCAACCUCGAUCCCACCGGCCUGGUCCCUCGAGAGAAACUUGAGGCGGCAUUGGAACAUUGCAAAGGAAUUGCGUCGUUCUCCGGUGACACGACUGAAGUGGACACCGGCGCAGAAGACGAUCACGACUCGACGCCCGAGAACCGCCGCGCCCAAGCCAUUACGCUGUCAACGGAGGUGGACGCCCGCGGCGAGAACUUCUCGCACGGCCAGCGGCAAGUCCUGUCGCUGUGCCGUGCCCUGAUCCGGAAGAGCAAACUGAUGCUCCUCGACGAGGCGACCGCGAGCAUGGACUACGAGACCGACCGCGGGAUCCAGCAGGUCCUGCGCAACGAGCUCGAGGAGUUCAACGACGGCCGCACCCUGGUCACGAUUGCGCAUCGCUUGCGCACCAUUAUAGACUACGACUGUGUGGUGGUUAUGAGCGCCGGUAGAGUCUUGGAGUGAGUACACCUCCAUUUUUUUGUCUCCUUUUUGGUUCUUUCCCUUUCGCCCUCGGCCGUUUCCUGGCCGGGACAAACUGACAUCGGCCACUUUGCCAGGUUUGGCUCGCCCAAUGAGCUCUACGAGGCCAAAGGCCAGUUUUACGACAUGGUGUGCCACAGCGGCGAAGAGGAGGAGCUGCACAAGCUCCUGGAACAGACAUAGACGCUGUUGGGACUGCGGCAACACGACGGACGCAUGCGCGCCCUCGAAAUACGGGAGGAGGGAAGGGAAGAGGAGUUCAUGCAUGCCCAGUAAACUCGAUCCCAUAUCGUUGCUAGUCAUGUAAGGUACUCAUCGUGCCUUGUUUUUCCCGUUCUUUCUCUCCUUCCUCACUGCGCUGCGUAUCUGCGCGUCCCUCACGGCAGCCACUCUGCUAGGACAAAAUGAGGAGGGGAAAAGGGUAAAAAAGCCAAAAAUCGGGAAGAGGAAAAGAGGCCCGUCUCAUCGUAAAGUCAUGAUAGAGGGACAGCGAUGAAACCACGAUAGAGGACGCCAAUUGAACAAGAGAGAA